UCUCUUUUAGGCAAAGGACAAGCCUUUUGAAAGAGUUCCUUUUUUUCUAGGCUCACAAUAAUUAUGGAGCAGCACCACAUGGGCUGUGUGAACCUUUGUAGUCUCACGAGCAAUCUACCGGUGAUCUCCUAUCAAAAGCUGACGGAUUUACAUUACCUGAGCAAAGGUGGGUUCGGAAGCGUGUUCAAGGCACAGCAUUCCGAUUGGCGGACCACCGUUGCCAUCAAGUGCCUGAAAUUGGAUUCUCCUGUUGGCGAAAGGGAGAGGAAUUGCCUGCUGGAGGAGGCAGAAGUGCUCCACAAGGCCAGAUUCAACUACAUCAUCCAGAUCUUUGGCGUGUGCAACGAGCCUGAGUUCUUCUGCAUCGUCACCGAGUACAUGAGCAAUGGCUCGCUGGAUCAGCUGCUUCACGAGAAUAACCUUUACCCCCCGCUGGCCUGGUCGUUGAGGCUGCGUGUCCUGUACGAGAUAGCUCUGGGGGUGAACUUCCUACACAACAUGACCCCCCCCCUCCUGCACCACGACCUCAAGACACAGAACAUUCUGCUGGAUGGAGAGUUUCAUAUCAAGAUAGCAGACUUUGGCCUGUCUAAGUGGCACCAGCUGUCGAUCAGUAAAGGCUCGGGAUCCAAGCCACCUGAGAUGGGAGGCACUAUCAUCUACAUGCCCCCAGAGGAGUACGAACCCUCCAAGAACCGCUGUGCAGUCGUCAAACACGACAUCUACAGUUACGCUAUCAUUAUGUGGGAGGUGCUAUCCAGGAGGAUACCAUUUGAAGAGGCAACCAACCCCAUGCAGGUCAUGUUCAGCGUACUGCGUGGGAUACGUCCCGACAUAGGCCUGGACUGUCUGCCAGGGGACAUCCCCAGCAGGGAGACACUCAUCAACCUCAUGACCUGCGGCUGGACCGCCAACCCUUACGAACGGCCCUGCUUUCUCAUGUGUGUGAUAGAGCUGGAGCCAAUGCUGAGGAGGUUUGAUGAAAUCGACAUCCUGGAGGCCGUGCUGGAGGUCAAGAAGUCAAAGCUGAUGAGGAGGGCAGGCUGCUACUCUGCCACACCCGUGGCGGGUGAGAAGGGGAGGGAGGAGAAGAUUUUAAACAUUCUGAAGGACAACCCCGGUCCCUGGCAAGGAAGCUCUGACUCUGGUUCUUACUCCUCCCAGGACACGGACAUCUCCCAACCGAGCUCCCUCACUAGCACCAAUGCUCCACCUUUUAAAGAAGUAUCCCUCACGUCGUUCAUGUCCCACAACCUGGAGCCCCUCAGAAAGCAGACCCUAGAGGACAACCCCCUCAACGACUACCCCCAGAGUGCCAGGCCGCUGAAUAACCUCAAUAUUCCCCUCAAACCAGGCCUGCCGGAGACGGAGUGUGUGAUGCACCUGGACAACCUCACCCUGAAGUCACAGCCAUACCAACCACAGCCAGAUUUCACCCUGCCAUCGAACCCCCUCGGCCCCAGGCUGGGCCCCAUGGCAUGCUGGAUCGCGGCACGUCGCGAGGAAAUCGUCUCCAAGAUGACGGAGGCCUGCCUGAACCAGAGCCUGGACGCCCUGCUUGCGUGCUCUCUCCUGAUGCGCGAGGACUACGAGCUGGUGGUGAACCGGGCCACACGCACUGCCAAGGUCCGCCAGCUCCUUGACACCUGCCACCGUCACAGCGAGGACUUCUGCCGCGUGGUGGUCCGCAAACUCAAGGACAACAAGCAACUGGGCCUGCAGCCAUACGCCCCAGAGCUCGGCUCCCUUGUGGCCGCACCAAACACCAGCACACCCCCACUCUCGGUGUCCGACAACAACCCAAGGAAUUACUAGGACAGAACUAGUCCAGAGAAGACCAGAGACCCGAAAGACUAUAAACUGUAAAAGACUUAGCUCAUUGAGCUACUGUAGGUGGUGUAAAAAUACCCCACUGUCUCUUAGUCCUGGGUGAUGGGGAUGAUAGGCAACACAUGGAAGAAAACUAACUCAAACUGAAUAUAGACUACCUGAAUGUUUUCAUUUGCACAAUUUUUUUUGAAACGUUUUGCUAGUGUGCCCUAAUGAAUAUGACCCUGGGUUUUUACUGUGAACUUUGACCUUAGUGGGGGAUGGUAAAGCCCAGCUGUCUCUCACAUUGCUCAUGGUGCUACCCACUCACACAGAGCAAAACUGUAUGUUGCUACUGUUCAUCAAACUGUUGAGCUCUAAGGACUCUAAAAACAAAAACACAUCAUCUUCAGAAACAUUCCCGUUCUCUAAAAAGCAGAGGAUGGGUUGGGAUUGACAAUCAAAAUCCGUUACUAUUUAAUCCAGGCUUUGAAUAAUUAUAUAAUUAAUAUAAUUAUAAUUAUAUUAUGGAUUUCAUGUCAUUUGUCCGGUAAAUCAUUUUGUUCUCUCAAAACAUUCCCUUUGUUCUGAGUGAUUGGGGUACGGGCCCUGGAGUCUUGAGUUCUGCUUCUAUGCAUCCUUCUGUUCUCUCCCCUCGGCACUGUUUUAUCCAGAGAAAUAUAUCCAGACAGACUGUAACAUCAUACUCAUCUACAGUAUGGCUCUGGCUUUACUCUUAUUUUCAGUGGACAGUUUAGACUCAUCUGUAGCUCUCCAGGUCCGAUAAGAUACUCGACUGGAGUUCUGCCGUGUUGAGGUUACUGUGGCUUGGUCUCAACUGGAUCAACCCCCAUUCCCUUUUGUUUGUCCCCAAAAAAAUUGCACUAAUAUCAUUGUAUUUUGGGUAUUUCUUUACCACUGCCUUUCCGAGCCAUGUUUUUAUUUCUCUUGUAGACUGUGCACUUUCUGUUCAUAGGAGCUUUAGUCGACAUAGGAUGGGCCAAAGCUGUUGAGGCCUUAUCAUUUAUAUGAUAUGUACAUCCCCAUCGAGAAGAAAAAGAAAUGCACACCUAUUAAGGCGAGGUGCUGGCUAGCGGAUUAGAAAACUUGAAAAUAAAGGAGAGCCGCACACUCUAGGAGCUCAGAUGCAAAAAAAUGUAAUAUCCGACAGGGUAUAAUGAUCAGGGUAUAAUCAAACACUGCGAGAUGACUCGUUUAUAUUGUGUCAAAAGACACACGGGUGUCUGUAAUCAUGGCCAAGAGUGGCCUAAUAUCCAUUGGUUAAUUCUCAAAUAUUAAAAUUGCAUACAAAGAACAGCAUACAAAAAAACAAAUGGAUAGAAUACGAUCAUAAAUUAAUUUUAGACUACACAAGCUUACAAACAAUUACAAUGGCAAAGUCACAAUAAUCAGGUCUCAAUGUAGACUUUGAUCUGAAGCCAUUAUUGUGACUUUGCCAUUGUAAUUGGCC